UCACCAGACUGACUGUAAAAAGGCAAAAAAUAAGUCUUCAAGAAGUCAAACACUGUAUGAUAUUGACCCUAAAAGCCCUAAUAGAUUAGGAGAUGACAAUUCUUCUUGAAGAGGAGUACCACCAGAAACACAGGAACUACCCUAGCUUAAAAAGAUUUGGGCUGAUCUCACUUGUCACUGAAAUUGAAAGUAGUUCUGAUGAGAGUCAAUCUAGUGAAGAAGAGAAGAAGUCUGACUCAGAUGAUACUCCUUCCAAGAAUUCAAGCAGGAAGAUCAUAUUUUCUAAUAAGAAAAACACUUCGUUUAUUUUAAGCUUUAAGUGCUGAAAAAGUACUCUUCAGGUGACCCUGGAUAGUAGUUAUUACCCUCAGAGUGAGAAUCAGAGAGAAACCCAAAGUUUUAGAUGUUUCAAAGAGAAAGAUACGAUAACAUAUGAUAAUUUCAAACCCUUAAAGCUUCCUGAUGGUCUAAUCAAGGGAGAUGACGAUGAAGACUCAGAGCCAGAGGAUGUCAUUCGGGGCCAAAAGUUCCUGAAAUUGCAUAUAGAAUCAGAAUUAGAAGCCUGAAUUUUAUACCUGAGGAAAAAUAAUUUCACUUAA